AUGGGGGGGUUUUUACCAUUUUCAGGUGCAGCCCUUAUUACAAAAGCUUUUGGCGGUGGUGGUGGUAAACGCCGCCGUUGCGGUGGGCGAAAUGUAGAUAGAGAAAUGAUGAGUAGAAUGAAUAAACAACUUAAAAGACAAGAACUACAACUUGAAAGGGCUCAAGAAGAACUAAGAAGAAGUCGUCAAAAUUGGGGCGGCGGUCCAAGACGAAUAACCCGUUACGAUGAUUAUGAUGAUGGUUGGUACAGACCAAAAAGAAAAAGAAGACCACAAUGGGGUGGGAUUGUGGCCGGUGAACACAAAUUAGCGCGUCAAGCUGCAAAAGACGCAAUAGUACAACAAGCUCUUUUAAGGAAAACAAGAUAA